GAACAAAAAGGAAAGAUGGAGAUAGAGGCGGCAGGUGGUGGUCAUAGUGGCGGCGGUGGAAGUGGAAGAGGAGUGUACUUGGUGUGGCAGGAUCUAAGUGCGGUGCUUCCAAACUUCAGAAAGGAAGCACCCACAAAGUGGUUGCUCAAUGGGCUGAGUGGGUUUGCUGAACCUGGUAGGAUCAUGGCUAUCAUGGGUCCUUCUGGCUCUGGAAAAUCAACACUUCUUGAUAUUUUAGCAGGUAGACUCUCAAGAAAUGUGGUUAUGACUGGAAAUAUUUUGUUUAAUGGGAAGAAGAAGAGGCUUGCGUAUGGCGCUGUUGCUUAUGUUACACAAGAGGAUGUACUGUUGGGAACACUCACAGUUAGAGAAACCAUAACAUACUCGGCUCACUUGCGGCUUCCGAGUACUAUUACUAAAGAAGAGGUUAAGAGCAUUGUGGAAGGAACAAUUAUGGAAAUGGGCCUCCUGGAAUGUGCUGACCGAUCAAUUGGAAACUGGCACUUGAGAGGUAUUAGUGGAGGUGAGAAGAAACGAGUUAGCAUUGCACUUGAAAUUCUAACAAAGCCUUGCGUAUUAUUUCUCGAUGAACCUACUAGUGGCCUUGAUAGUGCCUCGGCUUUCUUUGUUAUUCAAACACUUCGAAGCAUUGCUCGCGAUGGAAGAACAGUUGUUUCAUCUGUUCACCAGCCAAGUAGUGAAGUAUUUGCACUCUUUGACGACCUCUUCUUACUAUCUGGUGGUGAAACUGUAUAUUUCGGAGAAGCAAAGACUGCUAUUGAUUUUUUCGCUGAAGCAGGUGUCCCAUGUCCCAGUCGAAGAAAUCCUUCUGACCACUUUCUACGUUGCAUAAAUUCAGACUUUGACACUGUGACUGCCACACUGAAAGGAUCUCAAAGAAUUCGGGAUGUACCAACAUCAGCGGACCCUCUCAUGAAUUUGCCAACAGCAGAGAUCAAAGCUAGGCUAGUCGAGAAAUACAAGUGUUCAAAAUAUGCAAAUAAAGCGAGAGCCAGGAUGCAAGAAAUAGCAGCAAUUGAAGGACAUAUCAUUGAAAUGAAAAGUGGAAGCCAAGCAAGUUGGUGGAAGCAACUUUCAACCUUGCUGCGAAGGUCGUCUCUGAACAUGUCUAGAGAUGUGGGAUAUUAUUGGUUAAGGAUAAUCAUCUAUAUAGUUGUAUCAAUAUGUGUUGGUACCAUCUAUUUUGAAGUUGGCCACGGCUAUAACGCAAUCUUUGCCCGGGCAGCAUGUGGUGCAUUUAUCAACGGCUUUAUGACGUUUAUGUCUAUUGGAGGUUUCCCAUCCUUCAUAGAGGAAAUGAAGGUGUUUUAUCGAGAAAGGCUCAAUGGGUAUUAUGGAGUUUCGGUGUUCAUCAUUUCCAACUUCCUCUCUUCAUUCCCAUUCUUGGUUGCAGUUACUCUUAGUACUGGGACUAUUACUUACUAUCUGGUGAAAUUUGGGCCAGAGUUUUCGCAUUAUGUGUACUUCUGUCUCGAUAUAUAUCUGAGCAUUUCGGCGAUAGAGAGCCUCAUGAUGGUUGUAGCUUCUCUGGUUCCCAAUUUCCUAAUGGGGAUUAUAACAGGAGCUGGAAUCAUGGGAAUCCUGAUGAUGACCUCGGGUUUCUUCCGCUUGUUGUCUGAUCUCCCUAAGCCGUUUUGGCGCUACCCAAUUUCAUAUAUCGCUUAUGGCUCAUGGGCACUACAGGGUGCCUAUAAGAACGAUUUGAUUGGCCUUGAGUUCGAGCCCAUGAUACCCGGUGAACCAAAACUUACGGGCGAGUAUAUCAUCCGGCAUAUAUUUGGGAUACCAAUAGACCACUCCAAGUGGUGGGACUUGGCUGCUGUUUUAGCCAUUCUUACAAUGUACCGGGUUCUUUUCUUCCUAAUUCUCAAGUUCAAGGAGAGUGCGUUGCCAGUGUUUCAGUCACUCUACGCAAAAAGAACGCUACACCGUCUCGAUAAGAGGCCGUCCUUCAGGAAACUACCCUCCAUUUCUUCCAAGAGACACCAGGCUCUCCACUCACUGUCUUCUCAAGAGGGCCUCAACUCUCCACUGCACUAGAACUGGCAUCGCAGUACUCAUGAGAGUUUUGUAAGGAACAACUAUUACAGUGUAAUCUCUCCCAUGCUGUUUAUGUAAUUAGUCAUUCUUUCUCUGAAAAAAAUCAGAUAAAAAUGUAGGGAGUUUCUGUUGGCGUUUCAUAUACAGAAACUGUUUAAUAAAAAUAUAUAAAUAUAAAUAUAUAUAUAUAUAUAUAUAUAUAUAUUUAUCAUGGAAUAACACAAUACCAAGGUCGUUAGCCGGUUUAAUGUA